AGGGAUAGAUUUUUGGGCUUUUAGUUUGGUGGGUUUGUGUGUUCUAAUGGAGUCUUGGAGUUAUGUUUCUGAGGGAAAGGGUUUUGUAUAUGAUGAAGCUAUUUCAGGUACUGAUGCGAUUUUGAGAGGUAAAAAACAGUUUAUGGAUUGGGAAUUGAAAACCCCAUGUAGCUAUGGAAGCAAUAUAGUAGUCUCAGGUCAAGAGGGCAUUGAGAAUCAGGGAUUUGUGAAAAUGGGUUUCUCAAAAAUGAGGAGAAAAUCGUUGCCCAAUCACUCAAUUGGGGAUGUUUGGAGUGGUAGUGGUGGUGGAAGAAUGGUUAAUCCAAUUGGGUCUACACCAAAUGCAUUUUCCGGGGAGGAGGAGUCCAAUUUGAAGCUACCGAGCUCGGUUAUGGAAUCGAACAGUCGUGAUUCAUCGCUUAUUGAUUUGAAGCUGGGGAGGUUUGCUGAUCAUAAAGAUGCUCAUGUUCUUGAUUUUGUGAAGACAACUGCCAUGGUCUCUGCAUCCGAGUCAUCUAUGCCGGGGAAGAGGGCGAGAGCAAUAGGUUUAAGUUCUCAUACUCCCAUUUGCCAAGUGCAGGGUUGUAAGAAAGAUCUACCCAAUAACUGAGAGGGGUAGU